AGAUAUGAAUGACAUUUUUUAUUAAUUGUCCUCUGUAUCUGCUGUCGGAUGGCAUGCCAUGUUAAAAGUAAAAUCCAGGAUCAGAAGAUAAGAAUUUAAGAAACACGUUCAAAUUUGAUAUCAUCACAGAAAAUACAUUUUACAGAUUCAAGCUUUGGAUGUCAAGUUUUUUCGCUCAAUGGAACAAACGCAUCUACAAGGUAGUAAUCUUACUUGACUGCUAGAAACAACAUAAUGUCAGUAAAAAGGCGGGCAGCUGCCGAUUUAAAUCAUGAGAAUUGGGAUAAAGAAGAGAAAAAUGAAGAAAUAGGCAGUUUUAAAACAGCACCCGGAGAGGUUCUCGAGAAGCGUGUUUUCAGACUGGCCAAACGGCGUAGCCAAAAUGUUCCUGGCCAUGAGUCUAAAAAACCAGUCUUCAGUGGAUUUGGUGGUUUUAAUAAAGCUCAACCAUCAUCAUUUGAUUUCUUAGCGAAUUUGACCAAAGGUGCUAGUACACCAAGUACAGCCAACAGUGCAACUCUUAAUGUGAAUGCCAGUGAUAUGAAACCAUUUGGUAGCAACAUUUUUACCACACCUACAUCUGCAAGUGCUACAGGACUGAGUUUUGGAAAAUUGGCUUCAGAAUCUACCUCUGCUGGAAAACCACCUGAUGCAGAUUCCACUGUAAAUGAAAACAUAUUCAAGGCACCAGUGACAUCGGGGUCUACUACCAGUGGUUUCAAUUGGAAAGCUCCUGAAAGCUCACCAUUACCAUCUUCAAUAUUUGGAGUAGCUUCAUCAAAUUCCAAUAAUAAAUCUCUUUUUGCCUCAAAUGCUACAACACCAUUUCCAAUACAAACAACUUCAAAUGCUUCUCAGAUAAAGUUAGAUUCCCAAACUCAGAAUCAGAUGCCACAAUUACAGGUUUCACAGACACCGGCUUUUCAGUUUAAGUCUCCACCGGCACAGCCCUUACAAUUUAAGGCUCCACAAACCCAGAGCCCACAAUUUAAAGCACCUCAAACACAGACUUCACAAUUCCAGAGCCCUCAGUCGCAGUCCUCUCUGUUUCAGGCAACACCAACCACACAAAAUCAAACAUCACAAUCACAAAGCUCUGUAUUCCAGACUCCACAACCACAGACCUCACAAUUCCAGAGUCCACAGCCCCAAACAUCACUGUUUCAGGCACCACAGACACAAAGCUCACAAUUUCAGAGCCCCCAGUCCCAAACAUCUCUAUUUCAGGCACCACAGACACAAACCACACAAUUAGGAAGCCCACAGUCCAAAACAUCAUUGUUUCAAGCACCUCAGACCCAAACCUCACAAUUCCAAAGUCCCCAGUCCCAAACCUCACUUUUUCAGAUACCCCAGACUCAGACCUCACAAUUUCAAACACCACCAGCUCAAUCUUCACUAUUCCAAUCCCAAGCCUCACAAUUUAAGAGUCCCCAGUCCCAGACCUCAUUGUUUCAGGCACCGAAACCACAGACCACACAAUCACAGGGAUCACAAUUAUGGACCCAAACUACUCUACCUACAAGUGAAAAUGUUACUAGAAACAAAAUAGAAGUAAAAGCUUCUGAGAAUAAUACAAACUCGCAGAAUGUGCAAGAAAGUAAAUUAACUUACUACAGUAAGUUAAAGGCCUUAAAUGUAUCCGUUUUGGAGUGGAUCAAAAAACAUGUGGAUGAAACACCUCUGUGCAUACUCACACCAAUAUUUAAGGAUUAUGAUAAAUACCUCAUUGAAAUUCAAAAUGAGUAUGAAAGUUGUAAAAAGGAAGAGAAAGAAACCACUAAUGAAAAUGACUCCACCAAAAUUUCUGAAACCAUUAAAAAUCCACCUGUGAGCGUCAACAAUUCUGUUGCCUCAAUCUUUGCUGCAUCUGUAAAUACACCAAAAUCUAUAUUUUCUUCAGCUAUCAAAAGCACAACUCAAUCACCAAGUUUUUCCUUUGGAUUUACAUCAACACCAAGCACUAAUACUACAAGUUCCGGUUUUACAUUUGGUUUAAGUUCAACUCAAAGUACAUCAACCACCUCAUCUCCAUUUGCUGUGAGCACUGCUAACUCUAUACCAAAUGGUCAACAACCCUUUUCAUUUGGAACAGGGAAACCUUUCAGCUUCAAUUCAAACAUACAAACUCAGUCAAAUACAGAAAAUACAAAUGAAAAUGCUGAAGAAAAUGAUGAGCCACCAAAAGUAGAGUUUACCCCAGUUGUUGAAGAGAACAGCAUUUUUGAUAAACGCUGCAAAAUAUUCAUUAAGAAAGAUAAUAAUUUUGUAGACAAAGGUGUUGGCACACUAUACAUAAAGAAGAUAAAUGAUAGUGAGAAGCAUCAGCUUUUAGUGCGGGCAAACACAAAUUUGGGAAAUAUAUUACUUAAUUUAGUUCUCACUUCCUCCAUACCAACACAACGGAUGGGUAAAAAUAAUGUAAUGUUGGUUUGUAUUCCCACUCCAGAGGCUAAACCACCACCUGUUCCCAUAUUGAUUAGAGUGAAAACAUCCGAGGAAGCUGAUGAUUUAUUAAAUACAUUAGAUAAAUAUAAGGCUUAAGACAUUGUAAUAAAGAAUAUGGAAAUGUCACACUUGUUUCUAUGUAAUUCAUUAGUAGAUUGAGUCAUCUGGUAUCAAAGCCUAAUGUUAACAUAAUUAGUUCGCAUAUUUUUUGUUUUCACAAGUAUAUGUUUAGUGCUUAGAUGUUACUUGACAUCUAUAACUAUCUCAUUCCUAGUAAUCAAUAAAUAAAUUGCAUAUGUA